CAGCUAGGCAUGGAAUUGGAGGCGAGGCCGAGUGCAUAAAAACGUGUGAAGCAACACAGAAAUAUCAAAGAGCGCCAUGGAAGCACUAAACAAUAGCUUUGGUCAGCCAUUCAUUAUUCGGUGCUUUUCCUUGAAAUGACUUUCACGCCUAUUCUUCUCCUAUAAAUACAAUUUUCCCUCCCCUCGCCUUUUCACGCUCCCGUCACUCAUCAAUCUCACACAACACAGCUAUGCACAAUCAACAAGACCCCCAAGAUUCCUUCCUCUGUCCCAGCUUCAAUAGCUAUUCCACCGAUAAACUCGCUGAUGUUGCCGAUCGUGUUGCCCGCGAGCAAUUUCGCCGCCAUGACCACGCCGUUGCUGCCGACUCUGCCGACUUCGAAUUCGUCACCUUUCGAAAGGCUGCCGAUGAGGUUUUCUUUGAUGGCCGCGUGGGCCCUGUUUUCCCCGUCUUCGAUCGGGACCUCUUGAAGGACGAUGUGAUCGGCCGUCGGUCCUCUGACGCCGAGGAGGAUGCGCUAGCUCUUCAAUUCUCCAUGAGGAAGCUGUUGAUUGACGACGAGGAUCCAGCGCUCGCCGAUCGUGAUCCUCCGUCGUCUUCCUCGUCGGAUGUGGAUGAUUUGGAGUCGAUUCCGCCAGGGACGUACUGUGUUUGGACUCCCAAAACAGCGAAGGCAUCGCCUAGCAGAUGCGAGAAGAGCAAUUCCACGGGAACGUCGUCGUCGUCGUCGAAGAAAUGGAAGCUUCUGGAUUUGCUUCGGCGGAGCAACAGCGACGGGAAAGAGUCGUUCGUGUUCCUGACGCCGUCCGCCUCGAUGAAAAAGAAGGAGGCGAGAGCAGAGAAUUCGAAAGAACAAUGGAGCUCUGGAAGCAGUCUGUCAAUUAGCAAGGUUGCCGGAAAACAGAAGGCCAAGGGACAGGGGAAUUCAGGCGACAUCGUGAAGAAGAUGUCGGCUCACGAGGCAUUCUACUUGAGAAACAGAGAGCUGAAGAAAGUGGACAGGAGAAAGUCGUAUUUGCCUUACAGACAAGACUUGGUUGGGUUCUUUGCAAACGUCCAUGGGUUGGGCAAGCCCUUUACUCCAUUCUGAAACUAUUGACACACGAGAUUAGGUUAGAAUAUUUUGGAUUUAAUUUUAACCACCUUCUAUGGGUGUUGAAUCAUAAAUUGUUCUGUAUAACUCGAAACAUAUUGAUACGGAAUCAUACGAUGCGGAAAGCAUAUAUAGAUUGUGCUGGAUGUUCAGGA